ACAGCCGCGGUUGCCAUGGACACGGGUGGGCGGCAGGGGGGGAAAAGCCCCGGAUGUUGGUGCGGGAUUCAACAUGGCGGCGGAGGCGGCCGUGGUGGCGGCUCUGACCAGGGCGAGCUGAGGUGUUGCGAGGAGGGGACUGAGCCCCGGGAGGAGCGGCGACCUAGCCGGGGAACAAGGCCUGGUAGCUGGGACACGGUGACGACAGCCUGCACACCAUGUUUGGGGAAGAAGAAGAAGAGGCUGGAGAUCUCAGCCCCAUCCAACUUCGAGCACCGCGUGCACACGGGCUUUGACCAGCAGGAGCAGAAGUUCACAGGGCUGCCUCGGCAGUGGCAGGGGCUCAUCGAGGAGUCGGCCCGGCGGCCCAAACCCCUCAUUGACCCUGCCUGCAUCACCGCCAUCCAGCACGGGGCCCCUAAGACCAUCGUUCGGGGGAGCAAGGGCUCAAAGGAUGGGGCCCUCACGCUGCUGUUGGAUGAGUUUGAGAAUAUGUCCGUGAUCCGCUCCAACUCCCUUCGGCGGGAUAGCCCUCCCCCGCCCCUGCUGGGUCCUCCAGCGCCACACCAUGCCCCACCUCACCAAGAGAACGGGCUAGCUGACGCCCAGGGGACCGGGGCUCGUGCCUGGGCCCAGGAGAAGGGACACCCGGAGUCUGGGGGCAGGGGUCCCGCAGAGGGUCGGAGUCGAGCAGCUGGGCGCAGGGACCAUGGUGGCAGCGGCGAGGCUAAGCGGGACGGGACGGAGAAGAGGCCCAAGUCAUCAGGGGAGGGAACUCCGGGCCACCCAGGGAGCCCCCAGCCACCCCGGGACAAACGACCCCUGUCGGGGCCUGACGUCCGGACCCCACGGCCCCCAGGUCCAGGAGGUGGGGUGAAGUCAUCGGCCGGAAGGCCGUUUAACACGUACCCGCGUGCUGACUCGGACCACCCCCCAAGGGGCACAGGGCCCCAGGGAGAGCCCCAUAAUCCUGCCCCUAAUGGUCCUUCUGCAGGAGGCCUCCCUCCACACUCCUCCUCCAAGCCGCUGCCCCGUGCUGCCCGGGGCCCAGAGCCUGCCCCCACCCCGGGUACCCUGAGCCCCCACGCUUCAGAACCCCAGCUGGCCUCUCGUGUGCUCCCCCCUCCUUCAGCCCAGCCGGCCAUACCCCCAUCUGGACCCCGCUCUCCCCAGAGGGAACCCCAGAGGGUAUCCCAUGAACAGUUCCGAGCUGCAUUGCAGCUUGUGGUGGACCCGGGCGAUCCCCGGUCCUACCUGGACAACUUCAUCAAGAUCGGUGAGGGUUCCACAGGCAUUGUGUGUAUCGCCACGGUCCGAAGCAGUGGCAAGCUGGUCGCUGUGAAGAAGAUGGACCUUCGGAAACAGCAGCGGCGAGAGCUGCUCUUCAAUGAGGUGGUCAUUAUGCGCGAUUACCAGCACGAGAACGUGGUAGAGAUGUACAACAGCUACCUGGUUGGGGACGAGCUCUGGGUGGUCAUGGAGUUCCUGGAAGGGGGAGCCCUCACGGACAUUGUUACUCACACCAGGAUGAAUGAGGAGCAGAUUGCCGCUGUGUGCCUCGCUGUCCUGAAGGCUCUGUCUGUGCUCCAUGCCCAGGGCGUGAUCCACCGGGACAUCAAAAGUGACUCUAUCCUGCUGGCCCAUGAUGGGCGGGUGAAGCUCUCUGACUUCGGCUUCUGUGCCCAGGUGAACAAGGAGGUGCCUAGGAGGAAGUCCCUGGUGGGCACUCCCUACUGGAUGGCCCCUGAGCUCAUCUCCCGUCUGCCUUAUGGGCCCGAGGUGGACAUAUGGUCCCUGGGAGUGAUGGUCAUUGAGAUGGUGGAUGGAGAGCCCCCGUAUUUCAAUGAGCCGCCCUUGAAAGCCAUGAAGAUGAUCCGGGACAAUCUUCCCCCUAAGCUCAAAAACCUGCACAAGGUUUCCCCUUCCCUGAAGGGCUUCCUGGAUCGCCUGCUGGUGCGGGACCCAGCACAGAGAGCCACAGCCAGUGAACUGUUGAAGCACCCCUUCCUGGGCAAGGCAGGCCCCCCGGCCAGCAUCGUCCCCCUCAUGCGCCAAAAUCGCAUGAGAUGAGACUGGACUGCCCCUGGCCCUUCCCCUGACCAAAGAAGCACCUCAGAGGGAGCUGCCUCCAGCCUGGGAGAGGGACUCGUCCACACCUCAAGCAGGGGAGAGGAUCAAGGGGUGACCCCCCCCCCGGCACGCCUCCUGGCAGGUGGACUCUAACUGGAUGGGCUUGGGCCUGGUCGUUCCAUGGCUCCUUCAGACCCUUCUGGGGAACUCAGCUACGGAGCUUAAGUUUUGAUUUUUGGGGAGCAAGGGCAGCAAGGGUCUCCUUUUGGGGUGGAGACCCCACCUCCGCCUCUGCCUCGAUUCAGGGGCUGUUUGGCUUGACACUGGAAAUCUGCAGGCCAGGAGAGCCUCCCCCGGCCCAGGCAGAGAGGUUCUGGGGCUCCUGGGAGCUAACCCUGCGGGAAAGGGCUGUUUGGGGUGGACAGAAGAGCCACUCAGCCCUCAGCUCGUGGCAGUGUCUUCCGUGCGUGGGCUGUCUCUGUCAAGAGCGUGUGUUUCUUGGGUCACCUGUGUUGUGUGUCUGUACAUGUUUGCAACAGAUGCUUGGACUUUGCCUGCCUCUGGGGCUUUUGUGUGUGUGCAUGUCUGGCUGGCUGGUGUGAAUGUAUGUUGACAUACUAAGUGUGUGGAAACCUGUUUCCUUUUCCCACCUCCAAGCCAGUUGGGAGGCCGAUGGGGAAUGCCUGAAUUCGACUGCAUCUGCCUGCCUCUCCCUCUGCUGAUGUCUGAUGACGGGCAGCUUCGGGGAGCCUUUCUCCUCUGGUCUCUGCUGAGAAUACUACUGUGCUCCUAUGGGACCCUCUUUUUAAAAAAAAAAAAAAGCUAUUUAUAUUGUCAUUUCAUAACACACUCUUGGCCCUGGGCCCCAUAAAGGGGUCCUCGCUGCAGGCCUGGAACCCCAGUUAGUUUUACAAUUAAAAUGUUUUCCUGCA